AUGCCCGAGAGCUUGAGGCUUGCGACUGGAAAAACCUUUCUGCAGUGGUCUCUCAGCGAUGGCGAUCCUGCUGAGGUCCUCGACUCGCUAUAUGUGGGUGCUUUCUUCGGCCAAGAGGCCUCGAACGGAAUCCCAGGAGGUCGGAAGUCUGUGGCGUGUAACAGUGCCCUCGAGUCGUUCUCCUCCUUCUUUGGCCGUCGAAAGGUUUCUCCAGGCUCAUCAAAUGAGCAGCAGCCGACACCGCAACAAAACCAGAAGCAUGCAAGGAUUGACUUAUACCGGCUAAUGGGCAUUGCACCUGAGUCGUCCGGUUCGGCCAUUGCUGUUCGAGCCAAGGAGCUGCAGCAGCGACUGCGGCAGCUUUCUAGCGGAGAUUCGGUUCCCCCAGAUCCCCUCCUUUCAUCUCUUUUACGUGAUACCGUGACAGUGUUGCAGGAUGCACAGCAGCGCGCUGCUUAUUCCAGAGACAACGUCUUGCCCGCCUCUCUAUCGGCUUUGCUAGACCAACUCCCGGACAGUUCAGUUGCGCAUACUCGCUCCAACGAUGAGAAAAAACAGAACACUUCGGAAUCGAAGGCCACGUCUGACGACGCCACAGCUGAGGCUGUACCGCGACGACCAUUGGAGUUGUUCUCAGAGCUCUUCGGGGAUGGCCUCCUCGGCGGCAGCUCUUUGCUCACAAGAGCUAAAGCCCGUCGGAUUGAGCAAACUCCGAAGCAGGGGUCUGAUGUGGAGGCUCAAGUCACCUUGGGAUUUGUUGCAGCUGCCCUGGAGGGGGCCCCGUCGAUUCCCAUCACAGUCAACCGGCUAGAGGCAUGCGAAGCAUGCACAGGCACGGGAGGCACAGGCCGCAGAAAGCCCGCUCCUUGCAAAGCAUGCGAUGGCAGGGGGAUGAAGACGGAGGGCUUCUUUCCUCAGACAAGACGCUCUUCCUACGGCGUUGUCUCCACCUCCAUCAGCUGUCCAGCUUGCGGAGGAAUAGGCCACCAUCCCCCUCCUCGAUGUGGCAACUGUGGGGGCCACGGGAGACAGCCGUGCAAAACCACCCUGCAGGUUGGCAUUCCGGCUGGAGUUGCCGACGGUGCGCUGUUGCGCGUUGAAGGCCAGGGAAGUGCAGGAGAGAACGGAGGGCCACGUGGAGAUUUGUACAUAACUGUGCGCGUCGAGCAACAUAGCCACUUCACCAGAAAGGGGGCGGAUGUGCACAGCGAGGAAUCAAUCGGCAUUGCUGAUGCUGCGCUAGGAUCCAAAAUCAUGGUGAAAACGAUCGACGGAGAGGCGGAACUAACGAUCCCGCCUAACUGGCAGCCGUCUCAGAAGCUUAUUCUGAAGGGAAGAGGCGCUAAGGUUCCUGGGAACCCUCACGGAAUUCGUGGGGAUCAUGUAGUAACAUUAAGAGUAUCCCUACCAGAAAAGAUUACUCCUGAAGAAAGCCAACUAUUAAAGCAGCUAAGAGAGGCACGGAAAAAGCCUGGAACGUGA